AUGGUUGCAAAUUUAACUCACUGUAAGCAACCAGUCACUGUGCAAGUGGUGCAAGAUUACCAGAAAGUUGUGUUGCAAAGUUUGAACUUUGAACAAAUGCCACACUCGUUAGACAAGGCGCGCGGCCUAUGUUGUAACGAGAGGCACCAUAUCCGAAUGCCGUUCGUAUCAUCACCAUUGGCACUUCCACAUCCGUCAUCUAAAGACGAGAGGAAAAAAUGCCACCUGCAAGCGUGCGAGACCGUGCUGGAGGGGCUGAAGACGGUCUACAAGAACAAGGUGCUGCCCCUGGAGAAGCACUACUGCUUCCAGGACUUCCACUCGCCGCCCCUGGACGACACCGACUUCGACGCCAAGCCCAUGAUCCUGCUGGUGGGGCAGUACUCCACGGGCAAGACCACCUUCAUCCGCUACAUCCUGGAGAAGGACUUCCCGGGCAUCCGCAUCGGGCCCGAGCCCACGACGGACAGCGUGGUGGUGGUGAUGCACUCGCAGCGUGAGGGCGUGAUCCCCGGCAACGCCCUGGUGGUGGACCCCAAGAAGCCGUUCCGCCCGCUCGGCAAGUACGGCAACACGUUCCUCAACAGGUUCCAGUGCUCGCAGCUCAACUCCAACGUGCUCAAGGGCAUCACGGUGGUGGACACGCCGGGCAUCCUGUCGGGGGAAAAGCAGAGGAUCGACAGGGGCUACGACUUCCACGCCGUGCUCGAGUGGUUCGCCGAGCGCGUCGACCGCAUCAUCCUGCUGUUCGACGCCCACAAGCUCGACAUCUCCGACGAGUUCCGCUGCUUCCUGGAGCGCCUGCGGGGCCAGCACGACAAGAUCCGCAUCGUCCUCAACAAGGCGGACAUGAUCGACCACCAGCAGCUGAUGAGGGUGUACGGCGCCCUCAUGUGGUCCCUGGGCAAGAUCCUCAACACGCCGGAGGUCGAGCGCGUCUACGUCGGCUCCUUCUGGAACCAGCCCCUCAGAUACGACAUCAACCGAUCGUAA